GAGAGAGAGGCACGAGGGAAAUUCACCGUCUAAAACCCUACUAGUACGGCACCGACAAAUUUUAGAGAGAGAGAGAGAGAGAGAGAGAGAGAACAGCUAUGGCGACGGACUCGGGUUCUGGGAGAGCCCGAAUCACGGAAGUAGCCAACCCAUCAUACGGGAAUCUUCAGAAUUUCUUUGUUUGGAGGGAAUUUGUAUGGGGUGGUCUUGCUGGGGCUUUUGGGGAAGGCAUGAUGCACCCGAUUGAUACACUGAAGACACGGGUUCAAAGCCAAGCAGUGCUAAGUGGAUCCCAGACACAGAAGGGCAUUUUGCAAAUGGUUCGCACAGUCUGGCUAGCUGAUGGAUUAAAAGGGUUUUAUCGAGGAAUAGCUCCAGGAUUAACUGGAUCAUUGGCUACUGGGGCAACGUAUUUUGGUGUCAUUGAAUCGACAAAGAAGUGGAUAGAGGAAUCACAUCCUAACCUUAGAGGACAUUGGGCCCACUUCAUUGCUGGUGGUGUUGGUGAUACACUUGGGUCAUUUAUAUAUGUGCCAUGUGAAGUGAUGAAGCAACGGAUGCAGGUCCAGGGCACCCAAAAGUCCUGGAAAUCUUGCAUAUUGCAGGAGAAUAUUUGCUCUAAAUCUGGAAAGCAAAUGUAUGGUUACUACACCAGCAUGCUUCAUGCAGGAUCUUCAAUAUGGAGACAAGAAGGUGUAAGGGGAUUAUAUGCAGGGUAUUGGUCCACACUAGCACGUGAUGUACCAUUUGCUGGUUUAAUGGUUAUGUUCUAUGAAGCACUUAAAGAUCUUUCAGAGUAUGGGAAGCAAAGAUGGUUUCACUCUCUGAAUGAUCAUUCCCACAAUUCUGCGACUGGCCUGCUAUUAGGUGGAUUAGCUGGAGGUCUCAGUGCAUAUCUGACGACUCCAUUUGAUGUCAUCAAAACAAGGAUGCAAGUGCAGGGAUCUGGGAUAAGGUAUAAUGGCUGGGGAGAUGCAGUCUGUAAGAUUUGGCUAGGUGAAGGCAUAAAAGGGAUGUUCAGGGGGAGCGUUCCCAGAAUAAUCUGGUACGUUCCUGCAUCAGCUUUCACAUUCAUGGCAGUGGAAUUUUUGAGGGACCAUUUCAAUGAUAAUCGUGAAAUUGCGAGCAUAUCAGUGGAAACAUCCUCUGCAAUAAAAGAGGUGGCUUAAUCAUUACUUGUAUUGUGAGCAUAUCAAUGAAACUGUUAGAAGAUGAAUGGAAGCGGCUUCUACAAUGGAAGAGUGGUUUAUAUUUUCUUGCCGAGUCCUCCCAAUUGCUCUUCUGGUAGAUGGCUUGUGAAUCACUCACAUUUCCACCAUCGAAGGUUCACCAUUGGGAAGCUUGUUCGGUGCAUCGAAGCUCUCUGAUUCAAUUGUAUUAUGUUCAGCUCCUUAGCAUUAUUGUCCUUCAGAUUGUUCUACAAAGAAAUUGCAUUGCUGCUAAUUCACUGGUUGCAUGAUUUUUUGAUAUGCAUCCCUGUUGAGUGCCUAGAACAGUUUGAACAAAGAGAAUGAGACGGCUGCAAGAAGCGUAUGGCUGAUAUGAUGGAGAGGAAGACACUGCCGUUGGGGUUUUUGGUUCAAAUGUAAUGGACAUGAACUAGCGGCUUACAAUUUUGACGUAUACUUGUAUAGCAUAGAUGCAAAUUUCAAAUUUCAUAUAGCAACACAUUUUAUUAGAGUAGCUAAUACUUCUUUGACCAACC